GUAGAUAGCGGUCGAUUGAUUAAGGAGGUUAUCAGUGCUCGGCUACAUUCCUAACAGGAAAGACAUUAAAGUUUGGACAUUAAUUCAUCACUGAGAGCGGAGCUAUUUUAUUAUCCCUGGAAACGUGGCAGGGGAGACCACCCGAGGGUUGAGCUUGUGUUUGCAUCACAUGGCUCUGCUCCGAAGAUCCCCCCAUCCCUCAUCGCUCCGAACAACCAGAUGCUUCAGUUCACUCAGGGAAGUUAAGCGCAGAGGACUGUUAUGGAAGACACUGGUCGGCGUCUCUGUCGGCGCACCUGUGGCCGUGGGCGUCCACUACGCUUUGUCCGAACACAGAGACCGGAGGAGGAUGAAGAUUGUGACCGAAGGAUUUGGUCGCUUCUGCAGAUCUCUCUCUGUGGGACUCCUAAUCUCUGUGGAUUACUGGUGGACCACCAAUGUGGCUCUCCGUGGCCAAGAUGAGAGCAGCCCAUCCUACGUGGCCGAGCUGUCAGCCUGCCACCAGAGGGCGGCAGAGUGCAUGGUGGAAGGAGCCAUGCGCAACGGAGGGAUAUACAUUAAACUCGGCCAAGGGCUGUGUUCCUUCAACCACCUGCUGCCGCCCGAGUACAUCCGCACGCUGCAAAUACUGGAAGACAAGGCCUUGAACAGACAAUACAAAGAGGUGGAUGCUCUCUUCAAAGAAGACUUCAGCAAAACCCCAGAGCAGCUUUUUAAAACGUUUGACCCUGAACCCAUAGCUGCCGCCAGCUUGGCCCAAGUUCAUAAGGCCGAACUGUUUGAUGGGACUCCCGUCGCUGUGAAGGUGCAGUACAUCGACCUCAGGGAUCGCUUUGACGGUGACAUCAGAACAUUGGAGAUCCUGCUGGAUAUUGUUAAGUUCAUGCACCCCAGCUUUGGAUUCCGAUGGGUUCUUAAGGACUUGAAGGGCACAUUAGCUCAAGAGCUGGAUUUUGAGAACGAAGCCAAGAACUCUGAGCGAUGUGCAGAGGAGCUGAAACACUUGAGUUUUGUUGUUGUACCAAAAGUCUUCUGGGAGCAAACGAGUAAGAGAGUGUUGACGGCAGAGUUCUGCAACGGUUGCAAAGUCAACAACGUGGAAGAAAUUAAAAGACGAGGAUUAAGUUUGAAAGAUACGGCCGAGAAACUGAUCCGCACAUUUGCUGAGCAAAUAUUCUACACGGGUUUCAUCCACGCUGACCCGCAUCCUGGAAAUGUUCUGGUGAGACGAGGUCCUGAUAACAAGGCAGAGCUGGUGCUCUUGGACCACGGCUUGUACGAAUACCUCGAGCAACGUGACCGAGUGGCCCUCUGUAAACUGUGGCGGUCCAUAGUCCUGAGAGAUGAAGCAGCAAUGGAGAACAACUCCAGAGCACUCGGUGUCAAAGAGUACUUCCUCUUCAGCGAGAUGCUGCUGCAGCGACCCAUCGACAUGCGGAAGCUGGGCCUGUCCAACAUCCUGAGUCGGGAGGAGACAACCUACAUGCGCCAAAUGGCCAGCAACCGCUUCGAAAGCAUCAUGCAGGUGCUGAAGGCGAUGCCGCGGCCCAUGCUGCUGGUGUUCAGGAACAUCAACACGGUCCGAAGCAUCAACAUCACUCUGGGAGCGCCGGUGGACCGCUACUGUGUCAUGGCCAAGACUGCGGUGCGAUGCUGGGGGAAGCUGCAGGCAGAGAGGACGGGGAUGCUGCCCAGGCUGUGGCUCCAUCGCUGGGCGAGGACAACAUGGGAGGGUCUCAAGUUUGAACUGGCUUUGAGAUGGGAGAUGACAGUGAUGAGUCUGACGCGGUCCUUCCUGAGCCUGCUGACGUACUUUGGUCUAAUAUCUCUGGACGCAGACUUGUACGAGUACCUGAGGUAGAGCAGUCGGCACAGAGAAGGAACAGAAUAAGGAACAAGUUAAUGCAACAGCAAGGAGUCUUUCCCUCUGCAGCUGCUCGUAAUGGAAACGGUUUCCACAUCACAAUAUCCUGGACUCUGAGGUCAGACGUGACUUUGUCACAAUGUGUGAGAAUGAGAACUGCAGGACUGUAAAGCAUCAAACCCACUCCAGCGUAGACGCCCUGAGAACCGCCUAUUGUAAGGUUUUAAAUUCAAUCAUCAUAUAUUUUCCAAUGAUCUAUUUUAGUGUAAUCUUAGAACAGCAAAUUGUUUAAAAUGUUAAGCUGCAGUUUGUUUUAAAGAAACAUUUAUUCUGUAGCUGCAGCAUCCACCAUAAUGAAUAACUACAACGCUGAGCUGCGUCUGCUCUGGAACGAGAGAGAAGGUCUCUUCUCGGGUUGCACUGAAAUAUUUAAGUGCAAGAAACUGCAGCUUUAAUAACAAUACAGAUGAUAAGUAAAUGAUGUCAUCGCCUCCUUUGUGCCUGUCUGCCAGAAGCUGUCGUACACGAAACCUUUUAGAUCUUGGUUGUGUUUAACUAUAUAUUUGAACCGGAUGAAGGAUUUUAAGUCAUCGGACGUUAUCAGAGACACAAGCUGAGCACACGUUCCUCCGGGACAUCCCGCGUCUGCCGCACAGCGUUGGAGAAACGCUGAUUAUUAACGUAAAACUUAUUUAUUCAGCGGUUUUACUCACGGGACUCGUUUGUUUGGGAGGAAACCUCAGCGGAGAAUUCAGCUCCUGAAUGAUGAACACUGAAGGACUGCUAACUGGGAGGAACUGACUGCAACACGACUUAACAACGUCACUCAACUCUUUUGUCAUGUUUUAAUUGAGAAACCUCUCGUGGCAGAAAAUGAAUUAAAGCUAAAUAAACACACA